GCCGGCCAGUUUUACAGCGCUUCCUGGUGGAUCAUCAUGCCUGAUCCCUCUCAGGCCGGUUUCCGCGCUCCUUCCGCCGUCGAGGUCCGCACCAUGCUCUCCGACAUUUGCACCAACUCUGGCGCCGAGGUCAGCUUCGACAACCUGACAUUCACCAUCAACGGAUCCGACGACGCUGUCAAGGCCGCCAUGAUGGUCAUCAAUCAGAUUCCCUUUGUCAAGCGGAGCCAGUACCAGAUGCGGGUCAAGAUCGAGCUUGCAAACGAGCACAAGGAGUUUGUCAGUGGCAAGAAGAACGGCAAGAUCAACAAGAUCAUGGGACAGAGCAAUGUGCAGAUCAUUUUCGAUGGCUUCAACGAAUAUAACUUCUACAUCGAUGUGUGCGGCAACCAGUACGAGUCAACCAAGAACGGCCUGGAUCUGGUCGAGCAGGAGAUGCCGGCAUCCAUCUCCUUCCACGUUCCCGACCAGUACCAUAAACGGAUCAUCGGGAUCGGUGGCCAGCAUAUUCAACGCAUCAUGAAGAAGUACUCGGUCUUUGUCAAGUUCUCCAACGCCAUGGACCGUGGCGGCAUGGGAAAGGAGGAUGAUGACAUCAAGGUCGACAAUGUCAUCUGCCGCACUCCCGCUCGCAACGCACAGAGUCUCGAUCUCGUCAAGCAGGAGAUUAUGGACAUGGUUGAGAAAGUGGAUGCGGAGUACGUUUCCGAACGGGUUGUCAUCAACCGGUUGUACCACCGCGAGCUGCUCACCCGCCUGUCGGAGAUUGAGGAACUCGAAAAGAAGUGGAACUGCAAGAUCGAGUUUCCCAGCACGGAGCUUGCCAGUGAUGUCGUGAGCAUCUCUGGGCCCGAGUACCAGGUUCCCCAAGCCGUUGACGCUUUACUGGGAAUGGUCCCUGAAAACCACGAGUUGCUCUUUUUGAGUUCCCCUGAACUGCGUGACUUUUUCAAGUCGUCCGAAUUUUUGCGUGACGUGCGGGCCAAGCUCAAGGAACAGUACGAGGUGGACACGACGGUGGACACUGGUGCUGAUCUUGCGAUUCCGUCGGAGGAAGAGUCAUCUUCUCCCAGCCCUGCGGCCGAGGAUCGUGUCGUGCUCGGUUACACGCGCAACAAUGCCGGUGGGCUGAAGGAUGCGAUUGACUAUCUGAUAUCCCGGCUGGUGGCCCACGGCCUCGACGCGACAACCAUCAAGGGUGCGAUCCCGCGGCCCAAGUCGGAUUCGUUUGAAGAAUCGCUCCCGUUCUUCGACUCGAAGCUGCUCCAGCACGCGCCGAUCCCCAUCGUGACAGACUCGCCGACGCGGCCCAACUUUUCCGACGAGACGAGCGAGCGGGGCUCUAUCUUUGAGCGGCUGCGCAAGCCCGGCAGCAUCUCUUCUUUCUCUUCGUUCAUCGGGCGCAAGAACCACUCUGCUUCGCCCGGUUCGUUCUUCAAGCACGCGUCCAGUAACGCGUCCAAAACCUCUCUGAUCUCCAUGGAAUCCCGCGACAGCGGCUACCGCAAUCCAUGGAACGACUCUGGGGUCAAUCUCCCCGAGGACGACGGGUCGGCGACAACGACUACGACGACGGCCGCCGUCCUGGGGAGUUCCCACAGCCACAACAACAGCGGCGGGACAGGCAACAGCACCGCCAGCAACGGCUGGCCGUCCCGCUUCGACAUGAAGUUCCCCUUUGGCACGGCGCCGGGCGACAUGACGCCCAAGCACGACCCGCGUGCCUCCUUCGACAGUGGUCGCCCGAGCACGUCGAAUUCUACUUCAGGAUACCCGGCCCCGAUUGGGCCACCGCGUUGA